AUGAAAUGCGACGGUGCGCGUCCCAUGUGUGGGAAGUGCUUGGAUCGAAACAUACCCGAGGAUUGUGAAUACCUCAGCGCGAACGCGGGCGCAGAAAGUCGUUUUCUCGAGGAAAGAAUCAAUUUAAACCAGGCUAGGAUAGAAGAGCUAGAAAAUCCGCCCCAGCACUCGAACUGUAUCACUCUGACAAAACCAUAUUCAACUUCUCAGCUUCCCUCGCGGACAGCUUCUGCGGCAAGCAUGGAUCCGCCGUUGUAUAUCACGGAGAAGUUGUUGGACACUUUCAUCCGACAUUCGUCCGAUCUCGGAUUUUUUCUUUAUAUGCCACCAUUCCUAGAAUCCAUGUUACUCCCUGUGGGUCAUCCUCAUGGACUACCUAAUGUUCUGAUAUAUGCAACGUGUCUCUGGUGCAUAUACCUUUCGAAGGACGCCGUAACCCAGGACUCUGAAAGACAUGAGGAGAUGUACCUCUCUCGUGCGACCGGGGCAAUCACUGACGUGUCUGACACACCCCAUUCAAUGAUUCACGCUAUUCAGGCUCAAGUACUUAUUGCGACCUAUCUCUUUUCAACUAAUCGGGUUAACGAGGGAAACCAAUUCGUUAUGUAUGCGGUAGCGACCGUGCUUGCUUCAGGCUUACACAAAAUUCGAUCCACGAAUGGUGAUUUGAGGUCCACAUUACCACCACCGCGUAAUUCUACCGAAGAAGGCGAAAGUAUUCUUGCAGCGUGGACGGUGUUCAUAUUGGACAGAUCUUGGGCAGCGAAUCUUGGACAAACCCCACAGAUGACGUUCUCCGCUGAUCAUUUGGAAGACUCGUUGGAUACGCCGUGGCCACUCGACAUCGACUCUUACGUCCAGGUAGAAGUAGUGUCGCCAUGA